GAGCUUUUUGCAACCUUUCCUUAGUAAAACGUGAUUUAAAAAUAUUUAUUCAUUUUAAAUCAAAUCUAACUAAAAUUAAGUUGAUACAAUCAAGAUGGCAAUAAAUUUGCUUUUCGAUUUACGAAAUCCGCCAAUCGGAGCUCUUGUUGUCGCCGAGAUAAUAAAACCAUCGCAUCCUUCAACAAUCGAGUGGAAUAAUAAGGAAACGUUGAUUAAAAUUGCCAACAAUACAAUUCCGUAUGUAAACAACAACAGUUUGUUGCGUGUUCUUGCUCGUGAGGCUCCUUCGUAUCAUCUUUAUGGAAAAACUCCAAUUGAGAAAACUCAAAUCGACCAUUGGUUGACAUACUCUUUUGGUGGAAAUAUCAAUGAAAGUCUUCAAUAUCUCGACAAUUCUUUGAGUUCCUUGACAUAUCUCGUGUCUAAUAAUCUCACAAUUGCCGAUUUAGCAGUUUUCGGUGAAAUUUUUCCAAAAUACGAGAAUCUCAAGAAAAUUGCACUGCCAAAUAAUGUUAAACGCUGGUAUGAUUUAAUAAGCGCAAUUCCUGCUGUUCAAUCAGCAAUCAAAUCUUUGCCUAAGGAAGUUGAAUUUAAAACUAUCAACGAUCGAGUUCGUGAAUCAACUCCAAGUUCAAACGCAAAUGUAGGCGAUCGAAAGCAAGAAGGAAAGUUUGUUGAUUUGCCAGGUGCAGAAAUGGGAAAAGUUAUCGUUAGAUUCCCUCCGGAAGCGUCUGGAUAUCUCCACAUUGGUCAUGCUAAAGCAGCUCUUCUCAACCAGUACUAUCAACAAGCAUUCAAUGGCACACUCAUCAUGCGUUUCGAUGACACAAAUCCAGCUAAGGAAAAUGUUCACUUCGAACAAGUCAUUUUGGAAGAUUUAAAGAUGCUUGAAAUCAAACCCGAUCUCUUCACUCACACGUCGCAAUAUUUCGAUCUCAUGUUGGAAUAUUGCGAACAACUCAUGAAAGAAGGUAAAGCGUAUGUUGAUGACACUGAACCAGAAGUUAUGAAACAAGAACGUGAACAACGAACUGAAUCAAAGAAUCGAAAGAAUUCAGUCGAGAAGAAUUUCGAAAUGUGGCGUGAAAUGGUCGCUGGAAGUGAACGCGGACAAAAAUGUUGUGUAAGAGCAAAGAUUGACAUGUCAUCGCCAAAUGGAUGUCUGCGUGAUCCAACAAUUUAUCGUUGUAAAAAUGAACCACAUCCACGUACUGGAACUCAAUACAAAGUUUAUCCAACUUAUGACUUUGCUUGUCCAAUCGUUGACGCUAUCGAGAAUGUCACUCAUACAUUACGCACAAUGGAAUAUCACGAUCGUGAUGACCAAUUCUAUUGGUUUAUUGAUGCUCUGAAACUACGCAAACCUUACAUCUGGGAAUAUGCUCGUCUCAACAUGACCAACACAGUUUUAUCAAAACGAAAGCUGACGUGGUUCGUUGAGCAAGGACUCGUUGAUGGUUGGGAUGAUCCACGCUUUCCAACUGUUCGUGGUGUUCUUCGUCGAGGAAUGACCGUUGAAGGUUUAAAACAAUUCAUCAUUGCUCAAGGAUCGAGUAAAUCUGUCGUGUUCAUGGAAUGGGACAAGAUUUGGGCUUUUAACAAGAAAGUCAUCGAUCCAAUCGCUCCACGUUACACUGCAUUAGAGAAUGAAAAUCGUGUUGUUGUUAACGUUGCCAAUGCAAAGCUAGAAUCCGUUCAAGUUCCUUUACAUCCAAAGAACAACGACGUUGGAAUGAAAACUGUUUGGAUGGGACCAAAAGUCUUGAUCGAUUUAGCUGAUGCUGAAUGUUUAAAAGAAGGUGAAAAUGCGACAUUUAUCAAUUGGGGAAAUUUACUCAUCAAAAAGAUCAACAAAACGAAUGGAAAAAUUUCAUCAAUUGAUGCUGAUUUGAAUUUGGAUAAUAAAGAUUAUAAGAAAACGAUUAAGUUGACUUGGUUGUGUCAGCAAGAUCCGAAAGAAUAUCCGCCAACGUUUUGUGUGUUCUUUGAGCAUAUCAUAAGCAAAGCUGUGUUGGGUAGAGAUGAAGACUUCAAGCAAUACAUUGGACACGAAACAAGAUCCGAAAUUGCAAUGCUGGGAGAUCCUGAAUUAAAGAAAUGUAAGAAAGGCGACAUCAUUCAACUUCAACGACGAGGAUUCUUCAAAGUUGAUCAAGCUUGGGCACCAGCAAGUCAAUUUUCAGGUGUUGAACGUCCAAUUGUUUUAUUCUUCAUUCCUGAUGGUCACACGAAGGAAAUGCCAACAUCGGGACUGUCUAAGAAAGUUCAGGCAACUGAGAACAAGGAAAAACCGAAAAGAUCGGCAGGACAAUUGAGUGAUUUAAACGAGAAAAUCAUCCAACAAGGCGAAGUUGUAAGAAAUUUAAAAUCACAAAAAGCUGAUAAGCGAGACGUGGACGCUGCUGUGAAAAUUCUUUUAAGUUUGAAAGAAGAAUUCAAAGCAUCAAGUGGAAGUGAUUGGAAGCCUGGUAGUCAAACUAUUGCAACAGAUUCACAAGUUAAAUCAUCAGCGAAAUCUUCUGUUGGACAAGUCAGUGACUUAAACGAGAAAAUCAUUCGACAAGGUGAAGUCGUAAGAAAUCUGAAGACACAAAAAGCUGCCAAAGCUGACAUCGACGCUGCUGUGAAGAUUCUUCUUGAACUAAAAGCUGAAUAUAAGACAGCAACAGGUCAAGAUUGGAAACCUGGUGUGACGGUACCAGCAAACGCACCACAAACUCCAUCACUUGGUCAAGUCAGUGACUUAAACGAGAAAAUCAUUCGACAAGGUGAAAGUGAAAGAAAUCUGAAGACACAAAAAGCUGCCAAAGCUGACAUCGACGCUGCUGUGAAGAUUCUUCUUGAACUAAAAGCUGAAUAUAAGACAGCAACAGGUCAAGAUUGGAAACCUGGUGUGACGGUACCAGCAAACGCACCACAAACUCCAUCACUUGGUCAAGUCAGUGACUUAAACGAGAAAAUCAUUCGACAAGGUGAAAGUGUAAGAAGCUUAAAAGCACAAAAAGCUGCCAAAGCUGACAUCGACGCUUCCGUAAAAAUCUUAUUAGAAUUAAAAGGAGAAUUUAAAAAAGCAACUGGAAAAGAUUGGAAGCCAGAUUCAGUUCCAGCAGUUCAAGAAAAGCCAACAUCAGCUCCACAAGUGAGUGAUUUAAACGAGAAAAUCAUCAAGCAAGGUGACGUCGUUAGAAAUUUAAAGAGCCAAAAAGCUGAUAAACUUGACGUUGAUUCUGCUGUUAAAUUACUUCUUGAAUUAAAAGGUGAAUAUAAGAAAAUGUCGGGUGGUCAGGAAUGGAAGCCACCAACAGCAGCAGCAGCAACAACACCAGCUCCAGUGAAAACACAAAACAAGGAAAAUUUAAAACCAAAAUCAUUGAAAGAAGAAUUGACGAGUAAAAUCAACGAACAAGGAAAUGUUGUACGUCAAUUAAAGUCCAAUAAAGCAUCACCAAAAGCUGACGUUGAUGCAGCUGUCGCAACUUUAUUGUCAUUAAAAGCUGAAUAUAAGCAAGAAGUUGGAGAAGAUUUCCCAGUUGCAGGUCGUCAACCAGCAGCACCAAAAGAAACGAAAGUUAAAGCAUCAGCACCAACGAAAGAAAAGAGUAAAAAUGUGUCAGCUGAAGAAGCUUCAGGAGCUUUGAAGAAACAAACUCGUCUGGGUUUGGAAGCAAAGAAAGAAGAAAAUCUUCCCGAUUGGUACUCGCAAGUCAUCACCAAAGGUGAGAUGAUUGAAUAUUACGACGUGUCUGGAUGUUACAUCCUUCGUCCAUGGUCGUUUGCCAUUUGGAAGGAAAUCAAAAGUUGGUUUGAUGCGAAAAUCACUGCAAUGGGUGUUAAGGAAUGUUACUUCCCAAUGUUUGUAUCGAAAGCUGCUUUGGAGAAGGAAAAAGAUCACAUCGCUGACUUUGCACCUGAAGUUGCUUGGGUGACAAAGUCAGGUGAGUCUGAUCUUGCUGAACCAAUCGCUGUACGUCCAACAUCUGAGACAGUCAUGUAUCCAGCAUACGCUAAAUGGGUUCAAUCAUAUCGCGACUUGCCAAUUCGUUUAAAUCAAUGGAAUAAUGUUGUGCGUUGGGAAUUCAAACAUCCACAACCAUUCUUAAGAACUCGCGAAUUUCUAUGGCAAGAAGGUCACACAGCAUUCGCAACAGCGAAAGAAGCACAAGACGAAGUUCUUGAAAUUUUGGAACUUUACAAGCAAAUCUACACUGACUUGUUGGCAAUUCCAGUAAUUAAAGGUCGGAAGACUGAAAAAGAGAAGUUUGCUGGUGGAGAUUUUACGACGACAGUGGAAGCUUUUGUAUCAGCGAGUGGUCGAGGAAUUCAAGGCGCAACAAGUCACUUCCUUGGACAGAACUUUGCAAAGAUGUUUGAAAUUGUUUUCGAAGAUCCUGAAACACAACAAAAGCAAUACGCCUUCCAGAAUUCAUGGGGACUCACCACAAGAACGAUUGGAGUGAUGGUCAUGAUUCAUGCUGACAAUCAAGGCUUAGUUUUACCACCACGUGUUGCAUGUUAUCAAGUCGUCAUUGUUCCUUGUGGAAUAACCGCAACAACAUCGGAAAGCGAUAGAAAAAUUCUGAUUGAUUGUUGUAAGGAAUUGGAGAAUGACUUAAGGAAAGGUGGGAUAAGAGUUGAAGGCGAUUAUCGCGAUAAUUAUUCGCCAGGAUGGAAAUACAAUCAUUGGGAGUUGAAAGGAGUUCCAAUAAGAAUCGAGUUGGGACCGAAAGAUAUGAAAUCGAAGCAAUUUGUUGCUGUUCGUCGUGACACUGCUGAGAAGUUGACAAUCGAUCGAUCGACUGCUGUCACUGAAAUUCCUAAAUUAUUGGAGAAGAUUCAUGAAAAUAUGUUGGAAAAGGCAACAAAAGAUUUGAAUGGUCAUUUGAAAGUUACGAAGCAAUGGAAGGAAUUGACAACAUUCUUGGAUGCAAAGAACAUUAUCAUGGCUCCAUUUUGUGGCGAUAUUCCAUGUGAAGAGAAGAUUAAAGCUGACAGUGCUCGUGAUGACACUGAAGGUGACGUUCAAGGACCUGCAAUGGGAGCGAAAUCCUUGUGCAUACCAUUCGAACAACCAGCUGACAUCCAAGCAUCUGAUAAAUGCAUUUAUCCAGCAUGCAACAACAAACCGAAAUUCUACACUUUAUUUGGAAGAAGUUAUUAAGAGUUUCCUUCAAUUUUUUAUUAUCAACUUUUAUCUUUUCUUGUACAAACAUGGCUUCAAUUGAUAAUCAGGAAUUUUCUUGUUGAAAUUGUUAACAUCAUGUGUUUUUUUGAAAUUGAGGAAAUAAAAAAGAUUAUGAGUGAGAUCUUUGCUCACAAGUUCGAAGCCGCACUUUUGAACGAAUUGAAUGAAUGUGUCGAUGU